GUUGCUUUUGCUUGCUUGCGGGUCGACGCGACAAAACAGCCAACCAGUCAUCAGAUUCGUAGAGCCUCGUUAAUUUGUUCGCGAGUUCAUCAAGUCAUCGGUUCUCUACACCCCGCCGGAAAAAAGUGCUCUGUAAUUGCGCGUAAUAAGUAUCGGAAUUUUCGGUUUUCCCGUUUCUUUUUAGUUUUUUGGUUCCGAGUUCUGUCCGCGUGUGGCGCGUUUCCGUUAACUUUUUUAACAGUUCCGUUCGGUUUUCAAUUACUGUAGACGUCGACCAGCAAAACGGAAGCGAGUCUCCGGGAAGUUUCCUCCAGCGGAGUGUGAGUGUGAGUUUUGGUGGCCAUUGGUUUUUUUUCUGCUUCUGGAAUUCAGUGCAGAAAAGAAGAUUUUCAUAUGCAACGCGAGAGAAAAAAAAAAGUGAAACGUGAAUAAAAUCUGCUUCGUUCGAAAAUUGAAUUGGUUUUCUCGUUAGACGACGACACCAGAGCCAGUGGAAAAGAAAAAGUGAAAAGUGCGUGCGUGUGUACCCAAGAGAGGCCAAGCAGCAGUGGUAAAAUAUAAGUAGCCACCAGCCCACCACCACACACUAGUAGUAACUGGAAGUUUCAUAUUAGGGCGACCGUGCCUGCAGUUGGAAAGAGAGGAUCAGCUCGUGGGACCACAUUUGCCGCACACCCCGGAACGACGGUGGAGUGCCGCAACGAUAGAAAACGGAGCCUAGCAACACAUCGUUUUUGCUUUAUUUUUAUAUUUUUCAUUCCGUCAAGUUAACAACAACAAUCGUCCAAAAUGCCUAAAUCGAUGAACGUGCGCGUCACGACGAUGGACGCCGAGCUGGAGUUCGCGAUACAGCAGAGCACCACCGGCAAGCAGCUGUUCGAUCAGGUCGUCAAAACCAUCGGCCUUCGGGAGGUCUGGUUCUUCGGGCUACAGUACACAGACUCCAAGGGUGAUCUGACGUGGAUCAAGCUGUACAAAAAGCCCGAAAAUGUCGUCUGUAAGCACAUGAAAAAAGUUAAAACCAUUAUCAGGCGAAAAGUUGAGCAGCGCAUUUCGCUUGGCCAACAGAAAGCGGCGGAACCCGAAGAGGAGGAAGACACCGACGGAGAGGACAUGACCGGAUCAAUGCCAUUCUCUCGAUGGGUCAUGAGCCAGGACGUUCAGAAGGGUGACCCGCUGCAGUUCAAGUUCCGUGCCAAAUUCUACCCGGAGGACGUCGCCGAAGAGCUGAUCCAGGACAUCACGCUGCGAUUGUUCUAUCUGCAGGUCAAGAAUGCUAUCCUGUCGGAUGAGAUCUACUGUCCACCGGAGACGUCGGUGCUGCUUGCCUCAUAUGCCGUCCAGGCCCGCCACGGUGACUACAUCAAGACGACACACACGCCCGGUUUUCUGAUCAAUGACCGAUUGCUGCCGCAGCGUGUCAUCGAUCAGCAUAAGAUGUCCAAGGAUGAGUGGGAAAAUUCGAUCACCACCUGGUGGCAAGAACAUCACGGAAUGCUCCGCGAGGAUGCCAUGAUGGAGUACCUCAAGAUUGCCCAGGAUCUGGAAAUGUACGGUGUCAACUACUUCGAGAUCCGUAACAAGAAGGGCACGGAGCUAUGGCUCGGCGUCGAUGCUCUGGGACUGAACAUCUACGAAAAGGACGACAGACUUACACCGAAGAUCGGAUUCCCGUGGUCGGAAAUACGAAAUAUUUCGUUCAAUGAUCGAAAAUUCAUCAUCAAGCCAAUCGAUAAGAAGGCACCGGACUUUGUAUUCUUCGCUCCUCGUGUUCGCAUAAACAAACGCAUCCUGGCCCUGUGCAUGGGCAAUCACGAGCUGUACAUGCGUCGCCGCAAGCCGGACACCAUCGACGUGCAGCAGAUGAAGGCACAGGCUCGCGAGGAGAAGAACGCCAAACAGCAGGAACGUGAAAAGCUCCAGCUGGCACUGGCUGCUCGCGAACGUGCCGAGAAGAAACAGCAGGAGUACGAGGAUCGAAUGCGAAUCAUGCAGGAAGAUAUGGAACGUUCGCAGGCCAAUUUGAUGGAAGCGCAGGACAUGAUCCGCCGUCUGGAGGAUCAACUCAAGCAGCUGCAGGCCGCCAAGGACGAACUGGAAGCCCGCCAGAACGAACUGCAGGUCAUGAUUCGGCGCCUGGAGGAAACCAAGAACAUGGAAGCGGCCGAACGUGCCAAACUGGAGGAGGAGAUUCGCUACAAACAGGAAGAGGUGCAGAAGAUCCAGGACGAGGUCUCGAUUAAAGAUUCCGAAACCAAGCGCCUGCAGGAGGAGGUUGAAGAAGCCAGACGGAAACAGGUAAAGCGUAAAAGCGAAGCGGCAGCCGCCCUGCUGGCAGCGACCACAACGCCCAAACACCACCACGUGGAAGAGGAAGAGGACAACGAGGAGGAACUGACGAACGGUGAAAAUGGCAAUCAGGACUUCUCGAAGGACUUCGACACCGAUGAGCACAUAAAGGAUCCGGUCGAGGAAAGACGCACGCUGGCCGAACGUAACGAGCGUUUGCAUGAUCAGCUGAAGGCCCUCAAACAAGACCUCGCCCUGUCCCGGGACGACACGAUGGAAACGGCGAACGACAAGAUUCACCGCGAGAACGUGCGCCAGGGUCGCGACAAGUACAAGACACUGCGCGAGAUCCGCAAGGGUAACACCAAGCGUCGUGUGGAUCAGUUCGAAAAUAUGUAAUAAGUGAUGAUGGUUUUGCGGGGAAUGGAAUGGAACGGGGGUCGUCGACGGGGGAGAUGAGCGUCGCUAUCGCUGCCACCGUGCGCUGGUGAUGGUGGUUCAGGAGCAGGUGUUGUAGUGGUGGUGGUAGUGAAGUUGCUGUGUCGAUAGAGAGAGAAGGAGGAAGAUCAGUGUUAGUAGCAUCAGCAGAGCAGCGCAGUAACACGGUAAUUUCUAAUUAAUGAUAAUAAUAGCAUAGUAGCAGUUUAGUAGUACUAUAGGCAGAAAGAGUAAAGGAAGAAAAAAAAAGUGUUGGCGUGUUUGUGUGUGUGUGUGGUGGUGUUCAGGUGCAAAUGCGGUUGUUGAGUACACAAAAUAGGGAUGAUAAUCAUAAUUUUUUUUCUCGUUCGGUUGCAAUUCACUGAAAACAGUAAAACCGCAGUCAGAAUCAGGCACUCAAACACACACACGCGCACAUGCACGCAUGCACACACGCGCAGACGAAUUCAUUUGAUAUGCCAAGCUAAGAAAGAUUUGCCGAAGGCAAAUAGUAUUGACUAUUUUUGGUCGGUUGUGGAAUUUUACACCAAGUGAAGGCCAAUUGUUCCCCCGCAUUGAAUUAGGAGAGACAGCUACAUACAUUACACGGAGUUAAUUUUGUAGUAUUAGGAAGUGGUGGUUUGUUGUGGACUCUUGUAAAGCUACAUUCGUUCGAUAGCAGCGCAUGUCUCUAUUUUAUCUGGUAGGAAAAUGAAAAAAGAAAGAAAAAAAACAUUUCCGUUCGCAAGAGUAUUCAAGCAGCAGCUGCUUUCGUUUUGUUAUAUUUUUUUUUUGUUUCCUUCGAACCAAACUUUCUUCCAUUCCCUCCUGUAUUUUAAAUAAUAUAGAAUUUACGCAAUGAAACUGAAGAAUAAAAACUAUGAAGGAAAAGUUCGAUUCGAAAUCGAUAAGUUCGAGCCAGCACACAUUGUGUCCUGAGUCACAAACACACCCGCCCCUACUAGUAGUACCAGCAUUGUUUAGUUGUUUCCAAUAGAACACACACACACACACACACACCCAUACACACAAAAACUGGUAGCGAAAGACAAAGCAACGUUUUAAGUUCGGCUUCCGGUUGUUGUCAUCAUUCGUGCUUAACUAACUUACAUACUACGACGACGAUUAGGUUCGCGCAUUCAUUGAUUAUGUACUAACUAAUUGAUACAAUAAAAAAAAUCAAAUAAAAUUAUGGAAGGCAGAAUAUUGGGGGGGAUCAAACGUUAAUUUAAUAUAAUCAUGAUGAAAUAAUUGUAGCAAUCGCCGAAAAGGACGGGAACUAAUUGUUAUUAAGUUUAAUCGACUACUCGUAGGAAUUGAAACUAAGUUAAAAACAACACAAAAAUAGAAGCAAAAAAAACGAAAGCAUAUAUAAAUUGAUUAUUAGUUAGAGGAGCAAGAAGCAGCAAAUGAAGAAGCAGAAGCAGAAGGAGCGGAAGAUGAGCAUACGUUGAUAAUUUUAGCGUUUAGGGAAUCCAACCUACAAUAAAACUAUUAUCAUUAUUACUAUUUCUACUUUUGAUGAUCAUGCGAGCGAGGAAAAAGAGAAGCGGUAGCAAAAGCUAUUUACUAAGGGGAAUACACUUUGUUUAACAAAAAAAAUUACAAAAAAAAACAAAAACAAAUGAAUCGGAAAAUUCGAUGGUCUUCCAAAAAAACUGGAGAAAUGAAGACGCCGGUUCCCGUUGUGGGGCGUGACGUGGUUUCACGGGACGUUCAUUUACACUUGUACAGCCGCAGUGCAGCAGAGUCCCGGGUUGGUUGGAAGGUUUUGCUUUUACAGUGCCAACACCCGCGCGGGAUGCGCUACCAAGACCUCGAAAAAAAAGAACAUAAUUUCUAUCUGCCAUUUUUUUAUGUUUUAUUAUUAUUUUUUGUUUAAAUUAUUUUUAAUUGAAUUGUUUAAUUAAAAACGUACACAAACAAACACACACACAGAGAGAGAAAGAGAGAGAAACGUGCAAGGAUACAAAUGUACACACUGACACACUCACACACACAGACUAGACACGGAACAAGCGCAUGGCACGAGAGUACGGUCCAACACAGCAAAAGGAAGUAAGGAGGAAGGAGGUUAAAUUGGAAAUUAUGAAGUACAUAUAUAAUUAUAAAGGAAUAAUAAAAUGAAGAGAGGGAAGAUACGGGCUGAAUUUUUAUUCAAAGAUUUUGGACCUUUCUCGUGUGCGGUCUCAUCGGAUUUGUCCCCCCUUCCUAGUGCCAGUAGUUUAUUAUACAAACACACACACAACACCCAACCCAUACGGAUUUUAUUGUUGUUUUGUUUUUACCUCGGUUCUAUUCGGUUACCUCAGUUUGUUUACAGUUUGUGCCUCAGCAAAAUCUUUGAUAAAAAUUCAGCCACCCAUCUAAUGUAAUUAAAACUAAA